AUGCCGCCGAAAACAGCACUGCUUGUCAUUGACGUGCAAAAGUACUUCGAGUCGAUGACUUUGGCCGCAGUACCCAACAUCAAGGCCCUAAUUUCUCACUUCCAGUCAUCGUCAGCACCCAUCAUCUUCACCCAGCAUGGGCACUCCAAGGAGGAGCUCACAACCAAGCCCUCGCCCAACCAACUCGUGCGGAAAUGGGGCGCCUCCGGCUCGAUAGCGUACGGCAGCGAGGACUGGCAGUUCCAGGACAGCAUCAAGAGAUACACCACUCAGCCGGGAUGCACGUUGGUGGCCAAGAAUACCUACGACGCAUUCAUCAACACCAACCUGGCGCAGGUGCUGGAGGAGAAGGCGAUCGAGAGAGUCGUGGUCUGCGGGGCCAUGACGGAUUGCUGCUGCGAUACGACGGCGUAUAGCGCGUUCAAAAGGGGCUUCGAGACGUGCCUGGUGAGCGACGCUUGUGGGAGCGCGAAUAAGACCCAGCACCAGGCCGGACUCAGGGGCUUCGGGUUUGCUUUUUGGGGAGGUACUUACGACUGA